AUGGGCGACCACGAAGAGCUAAGAAAGACCCCGACGCCUUCGCAACGCUCUUCGGCGUCCACCAGCGAUGCGUCGACAACACCUCGAUCCCAGGUAUCAAGCCAAGUGAAUAACGUAACCAGUCGACGGGGAUUAUCAGACAUGGAGAAUCUAUCGACACCGAGGGAAAUCGCCACCAUGCUCCACGAUAUGGCGCACGUGGAUCCUCAACUGGUUGGACACGUCGUGGGCGAACCGGAUGCAAAGGCACAGCAAGUGCUGUAUGAAUACGCGAGUCUGUUCAUGUUCCGAGGUGUGACCUUUGAUGUUGCUCUUCGUGUAUACUUGGGUCGGUUCGAGCUUCCACAUGAAGCUCAGAAGAUCGACCGAAUUCUUCAGGCUUUCGCGAAGGCUUACUAUACGAGCAACCCAGACAGCUUUGAGUGUCCAUCGGAAGAUGCAGCGUACACGUUGGCGUUCUCAGUACUGCUGCUAAACACGGACGCGCACAACCCGAACUUGUCGCGCAAGUUCAAGAUGACGCGAGCUGACUUUGUACGCAACUACCAUCGACUAGGAGCUGGAGAAAGUGGCUCAGCGAGAGCAGAAGUGCCGGAUGGGUAUCUCGGCCAGUGCUAUGACCUGUUCGUCAUGGACGGUAUCAGGCACAUCGAGCAAAAACCGGCUGAGCUGUUGCCGGAUGAAGUUGAGCUCGAGUUUUCCGAAACCGUACUAGGGCUCGAAAUCGAGACUUCAUUUGAUGGUCGGACUGCAGUUGUCAAGAGGGACUUGAACAUCCGGCACAUAUACAGCAGUAAAAGACAAAGGCAGUCAAGUUCAGCGUCAUCGACUACAUCUGGUAGCAGUUUCUUGACUGCUGGCGCCAAGUUGCUCGCAGCUGGAAGCAGCAUCUUGGCAAACAUCAUAGCAACAAUAGACCCCGAGCCAGAAAUGUCGAUUGAAGGAUGGGUGAUCGUAGCAGUUGGAGACGAUAGUACUCGUCAGAUCGGCUACGCACUGUCGCGUUACCUGCUUCAGACAGCGCCGCGACCUGUUCUCAUCCGUUUCUGCGAACCCAGUGUAUACUUUGCAUCGCUCGAAUGA